AUGGCCUCGACAACUCCCUACCCGCCGCAUCGCUCGCACCCUUCGACGCGUAUCUCUCCCGAAGAUGCCUUCGCGUCGCUGAGCACAUUCAUCGCUGCUUCCGAAUCUACUCCUUGGCUCCACCCGGAUGCUCGCAUCACUCCCGAUGACAUCAAAUACUCGACCAACGGUGGUCCUCAAGGAGGAAUCAUCAUGCACCACCUCCGCCGUAUCGAGAAGGGUCUGAACGGCGAGAUUCUCGCUCCCGAACCUGACGACAUCUUCGACCUGCCCGAAGGUGACGAUGCCAACCUCGACAACCUUGCCGGCUACCAGUCUACUCUGGACGGUGGUCUCAAGAAGGGUGCUCUGAAGAGAUUCGAGGAAGAGGGAGAGGACCCCGAGGUCUAUGCACGCAACCAAGAAAUCCUCGAGGGCGAGGUUGGCGACAGAGACACUAGUCAUGCUCAGGCCAGCUACGACGCUGACGCUAUGGAUGUCGACGAUGAGGCAUAUGCUGGUGUUGGUCUGUCAAAGGCUGAGAGAGACGCCAGAAAGGAGGCUAAGAAGGAGAAGAGGAAGGCCCUUGCGAGAGAUAAGGCUGCGAAGAACAGAUCAGAAGGUUGA